CCACCACCACCCAGCCCAGCCAUUCAUGGCCAUCACCACCAUGUGUCGCCUCCCCACCUCCGCCUCUCCUCACCCACUCCGCUCUCCGCUCCAUUAAACCCAAGCGAGGGACCUCGAUCGCCUCCCCUCCUCGCUUCCCUCCCCGUCUCUCCUCUUUCGACCGCGUUGGAAGCAAGCGCGGCGGCGGCGCGGCGAGCUGCCGGUGGGGGGUUGCGGCUAUGGUGGGCAUCGACCUCAACACCGUGGAGGAGGAGGAAGACGAGGAGGAGGGCGGCGCCACCGGCACCGUCACGGCGCCUGCGGAGGCGAGGGCGGGGGGCGCGGUGUGCCUGGAGCUGUGGCACGCCUGCGCUGGCCCCGUGGCGCCGCUGCCGCGGAAGGGCAGCGCCGUCGUGUACCUGCCGCAGGGCCACCUCGAGCACCUCGGGGCCGCGCCCGGCUCCGGCCCCGGCGCCGCGGUGCCGCCGCACGUGUUCUGCCGCGUCGUCGACGUCAGCCUCCACGCGGACGCCGCGACGGACGAGGUGUACGCGCAGGUCUCGUUGGUCGCCGACAACGAGGAAGUGGAGAGGCGGAUGCGGGAGGGAGAGGACGGCGCGGCCUGCGACGGCGAGGGCGAGGACGCCGUGAAGCGGCCGGCCCGGAUUCCCCACAUGUUCUGCAAGACGCUCACGGCCUCCGACACCAGCACGCACGGCGGCUUCUCCGUGCCUCGCCGCGCCGCCGAGGACUGCUUCCCGCCGCUGGACUACAGCCUGCAGAGGCCAUUCCAGGAGCUCGUGGCAAAGGAUCUGCACGGCACGGAAUGGAGGUUCAGACAUAUCUAUCGAGGCCAACCACGGAGGCACCUUUUAACCACUGGAUGGAGCGGGUUUAUCAACAAGAAGAAGCUAGUAUCUGGGGAUGCAGUGCUAUUCCUCAGAGGUGAAGAUGGAGAGCUUCGAUUGGGAGUGCGCCGAGCUGCUCAGCUAAAAAAUGCAUCUCCUUUUCCUGCACUUCAUAACCAGAUCUCAAAUACUAGUAGUCUUAGUGAAGUUGCACAUGCUGUGGCCGUGAAAAGUAUUUUUCACAUCUACUACAAUCCCAGUUGUACUCACAGGUUAAGUCAGUCUGAGUUCAUUAUACCAUAUUGGAAGUUUAUGAGAAGCUUCAGUCAACCCUUUUCUGUUGGAAUGCGAUUCAAAUUGAGAUAUGAGAGUGAGGAUGCUUCUGAAAGAAGGCGUACUGGAAUAAUAAUUGGAAGCAGAGAGGCAGAUCCAAUGUGGCAUGGUUCGAAGUGGAAAUGUUUAGUGGUGAAAUGGGAUGAUGAUGUGGAGUGCCGUCGGCCUAAUGGGGUAUCUCCUUGGGAGAUUGAGCUUAGUGGAUCAGUUUCAGGAUCUCAUCUGUCCACUCCCCAUUCAAAACGGCUGAAAUCAUGCUUCCCCCAAGUUAAUCCAGAUAUUGUGCUUCCAAAUGGAAGUGUUUCUUCAGAUUUUGCGGAGUCUGCCAGAUUCCACAAGGUCUUGCAAGGUCAAGAAUUGUUGGGUUUAAAAACUCGUGAUGGUACUGUUAAUACAGCUUCUCAGGCGACUGAGGCAAGAAAUUUUCAGUACACUGAUGAACGAAGUUGCUCUAUCAACAUGAGUAACAAUAUCUUAGGGGUUCCGAGACUUGGGGUGAAAACUCCAAGUGGAAACCCUGGGUUUUCCUACCAUUGCUCAGGCUUUGGGGAAUCUCAAAGAUUCCAAGAGGUCUUGCAAGGUCAAGAAGUGUUUCGUCCUUACCGAGGAGGGACUUUGUCCGAUGCCUGUAUAAGAGGUUCUGGCUUCCGUCAACCUGAUGGCAACCAUGCACCUGGUGCAGCAUUUAAAUGGCUUGCACCACAAGGAUGUGAUCAUCAUGGGAUAACCACAUCAGUUCUGCCGCAAGCAUCCUCUCCAUCAUCUGUCUUAAUGUUUCCACAAACUAGUUCAAAGAUGCCUGGCCUUGAAUACAUAUACGGAUGCCUGGAUAGAAAUGAGAAUAGCCGACAUUUUAAGAUUGGACCUACACAAGAUAUGACAAGAACUGAUCAAACAUUACGACUCUGGCCUCAUCUUAUUUCAGGCAAAGUGCUAGAUGAGUGUACGAGAAAUGAGAAGCUGCACUCUCCAGUCAGUGGUGCUGAGCAUGAAUCAAAUAACAAGUGUCUUAAUACAAAUGGCUGCAAAAUCUUUGGUAUAUCAUUGACUGAAAAGGCCCAAGCAGGCGAUGAAGUGGAUUGUGGCAAUGCCAGUUAUCAUUCUCGGCUCCAGUCUUUAAAACCACAGAUGCCAAAAUCAUUGGGCAGCAGUUGUGCCACGGUCCAUGAACAAAGGCCUGUUGUUGGCAGGGUCGUUGAUAUUUCAGCAGUGAAUACGAUGAUCUGAUACAUUUACUGUAUCCAGGGAGUAUGCUUGCAGAAAUAGGGACCAACAUUAGUAUCAUACUCACUGGUGCUGAGGACACAACUUCCAUUCUGGCUAUCUCGUCCCUCUACGUGCUUGUUGCCUCAACUUCAGCAUUUCCACAGGCUGUGCUACCGCAUCCAGGAUGAUGACAGGGGAAAUGCAGAUGAUACACGAAGGAUGCUUGUCAAGUUUGUUGUAAUGCACUUCUAAGUUCUAAGCUUUGAACCUCUUAACGUUGCUCCUAUUUUAAGCUCCCGUUGUAAUCGGCAUUUAUGUUGCCUGACCUACUUGCAUAUUUUUCAAUUUGUCCGUUAAGACAGCCCUUUUAGAGGGCUUGCUUAUGUUAGCAACCCUUAAUUUCCAAAUUCCAAGUAUGGCGACCGUUCGAGGGGUUUGUUUGCUCCUGGGACGACAUCGGUA